CCUCCCAUUCCGGUCCGCCGUCGCCGUACUGCUUCCUUCGCCGCUGAUCCUAGGGUUUACUUUCUCCUCCCUCUCCACGAGCUUUAGGGUUUUACUCGAUCCGCCACCAUGACGACCGUCGAGACGCAGGAGGAGCUGCUACGCAAGCACCUCGAGGAGCAGAAAAUCGAGGGAGAUGAACCUACCCUUGAGGAUGAUGAUGAUGAUGAAGAUGAUGAUGAUGACGAGGAUGACAAAGAUGAUGAUGCGGAAGAAGCAGGAGGUGAUGCUAGUGGAAGGUCUAAGCAGAGCAGGAGUGAGAAAAAGAGCAGGAAAGCAAUGCAGAAACUUGGCAUGAAGACCAUCACUGGUGUGAGCCGUGUGACUAUCAAAAAGAGCAAGAAUAUUCUGUUUGUCAUCUCCAAACCAGAUGUCUUCAAGAGCCCAAACUCGGACACCUACGUCAUCUUUGGUGAGGCAAAGAUCGAGGAUCUGAGCUCGCAGCUGCAGACUCAAGCUGCAGAGCAGUUCAAGGCACCAGAUCUGAGCAACGUCAUCUCAAAGCCCGAGCCUUCUGCAGCAGCUCAGGAUGACGAGGAGGUCGACGAGACCGGUGUUGAGCCUAAGGACAUUGAACUGGUGAUGACACAGGCCACCGUGUCGAGAUCCAGGGCGGUGAAGGCACUGAAGGCUGCUGAUGGUGACAUUGUCACUGCCAUCAUGGAGCUGACAAACUAGUGGAAUCACAAAACUUUGUGGUUGGGAUGGAACUUGUGGGUUAAAUUUUAAUGUUGAGGGCGCUUGACGCCUUGGAUAGGAUGAACACUUUUGUUAUGCUCUAUCUGGAAAGCGUUAGUGUUACGGACUGGAGGUUUUGUCAUCCUUUGAUAAAUCGACUGUUUGCCGUUUAAUAUGCAUUUUUAUUCA